CCUCUCUAGGUAAUGUCCGUGCGCGUGUGUGUUCGCUCGCGCGCACUGGGGAUUCCCCCCGCGUGACAAAAACAGCUCUUCCCUCCUAUCGCCUUUCAUUACUCGUGUGCUCGCUGUUAGAAGCCACUGUUACUGGAUACUUAGACGACAAGCAGCCGCUUCGCCGAAGUUCGGUUCUUUGUAGGAUAUUCCACCAGGUCCGGAAUGACCAUACCAUGAUUCAGAAACUUUAAAAAACAAACCCUAACGUUAUAAUCGGUCAUAACUGAAGGCCCGUUGCCGGGGUCAUGUAUUAUCGGUUAGUGGCAUGAGACGCGGCGGCUCAGUCCUCUGGUUUCACAAAGGAGCGGUGGUUUCCUCAGGUGUCAGCAGGUUCUCCUCGGAGUCCGGUCACAUCACGGGUCACCGAGUGGCGACAACACCCGCAGGUAGCCGUUAAGUCCUCAGGGAAGGAGGGAGGGGAAAGCCAGCCUUGGCACCACCAUGGCGAGCAAAGACUGCAGCAAAGAUGACUUGCUGGAGGAUAACCGUACGGACUCGGGCAUUGACUCAUACCGCUCCAUAGUGAAGUCGGUGGAGCCCCGGGAGCCUAGCUCGGACUUCGCUGGGCCGAGGGAGAAGUUCUCCACCGUGGAGGAGCGCCUGGACUCAGCCUACAGCUCCUCGUCCAUCACGGGGGAGAGCCUGUCGGAGUUAGUGGAGGGCUGCACGCUUUCCAACGUCCCGGAGGAGCGAACACGAAGCGCUGAACUCUCAGAACAGGAGGAGGACUUGCUCACAACUAUUACUGAAGAAGGAGACACAAUCCUGCACCUAGCAAUCAUCCAUGAAAACGACUUCAUCGCUCAGCAGUUGAUACAACUGUUCCCAAAAGAAGUCUUGGACAUCCAAAACAACUUAUACCAGACCCCCUUGCACCUGGCCACCUACCUGAAUCUGACAGAUGUAGUCAAGAGCCUGGUGGAGAAAGGUGUCAGCCUGGAACUGCAGGACCAGGAAGGGAACACAGCAUUGCAUGUGGCCUGCCAGCACGGGCAGACAGAGUGCACCACAAAGAUGACAACAGAGGUGGCCCCUAGCAAGCUGGUGCCAGUCCUCGAGACCCAGAACUGGAGAGGUCUUGCUUGUCUUCACUUGGCUGCAUUGAACGGGCACCAUCAGAUUAUGAAGCUCCUGAUGAAAAAGGGAGCAGAUCUGAAUAUCCAGGAAGGAACCAGUGGGAAAACAGCUCUUCAUUUCGCCGUUGAGCUACAUGACAUCACAUCAGUGAAAUUGCUGCUCAGCAGGGGAGCCAACGUGGAUGCUGCCAUGUUUAAUGGCUGCACGCCACUGCAUCUUGCUGUAGGGAGGCAGGACGCCACCAUCGCCAACCUCCUCUGCCAGGCUGGUGCUGACAUGAUGCUACGAAACAUGGAGGAUGAGACAGCGCUGGAUCUGGCCAAUGGCAAUGAUGAUAUUCUGGCUCUGUUUCCUUUUGAUGAUAUCCAGAUCUCUGGGAGGUCGGUGGUUGGAAUGAAGUUUUGAGCUGAGUCAUUUGCCUUGAGCCUCACUGCAGCUGGAAACUUUGUUCAAAAAAGCUAAAGUUUUUUUUUUUUUUUUUAAAUAGUGCGUGUAUUUGUAGUACUUUGAUUUGCUCUCUAUUUAUCAUCUCAAUGUAUGAAGAUGAACCCUCUGAUUCUGCUCAGUUGAACUCACAGACUUUAAAAAUUUGUUUCUCAGUCAUUAGGCUGACUUGUUUAGCUUCUCUUUUUUUUUGGCAUCUUUUGGGUGGUUUGUUAUACGACGAAUGCCACCUCACAGUGAGUGCCAAAUCUAUCAACAUGCUCAUUGACCAUAAAAAUUUCUACCUCUUUAUCAUAUUAACCAAGAAAUGGAAUAUGCAAAUUGCUGUUUCUCAAUUUCUCGAAAUUUGUCAGAGCUGUUAUUGCCUUUGUGUUGUAAAACAAACUGUGACUUUAUCCUGCGAUUUAAAGCCAAAUUGGAUGACUUUUAGGGAUACAAUCAGAGGCAGGAAUAAAAAAUGUUCCAUUUACUCCAUGGAAAGUGUAAAAUGAAUUGUGUCCCAGAGAGACCUGCAAUCCCUUGAAGACAAACUUAUAACUCCCCUGAUUGUUUUCAAGAAAAGUGAUCACUCACAAAAUGCAGCUUCAUCUUUUAGAUUUCUUUUUAGGUUUGCUGCUUCAUGUUGUGAAACAGGUUAAUAUGCUUCUCUGUUUAUCUCAUCCUUCAUUUUCAGUAAAGAGUUCAUUGGUUCACCGAUCUUUGUUGUGUAAUUACACUGGCUUGUCUAGUUAAUAUAAGCAGUUAAUUUUUUUGUAAU